AUGAAUAAUACAAACAUAGAGCAACGUAAUCACACAGGCAAGGCAUACCAUGGCCUAGCCACUUCUAAGUAUAGCCUUAUUUCUAAUCAGAAGGUAUCAUACGCUCUUAGAUCGAGCUUUGGUGAUAACGUGGUUUUGUCAGUUGAGAAUAAAUUUCUAAGAGAUUCACAAGAGCUGCCUCCGGCUAUUAUUUGUUCCAGGGAACGGAUGAGACUUUGUUCCAGAGAAAUUUAG